AGAGACAGUCUAUCUGAUGUUUGAGAUAGAGUUAAUCGUCCUGCCCAACAUCACGGUCUCACAGAUGGCUGUGGACGUGAGGUGGCUGAGACAGCCUGGGCUUAACUAGCCCAGUGUCAGCAUGGCAUUGACUCUGGAUCACUCGAAUGAGGAGUACUUUGAGUUUGACUCCUCUUCAGAGGUCCUGGAAAUAUCUACCUCGUCUUACAUUAGCUCAAACAGUGCUGAUGAUGAGGAGGAUGUGGAGCCUUUUACCCUGGAGGAAGUUCUAUGUGCUGAUCGAGUGGGCCAGAUGACUAAGACAUAUAAUGAUAUAGAUGCUGUGACACGUCUCCUGGAGGAGAAAGAGCGGGAUUUGGAGUUGGCGGCUCGAAUUGGCCAGUCUCUGCUGAAAAAGAACAAAACCCUCAGUGAGAGGAACACCCUCCUGGAGGAGCAAGUGGAGCACAUACGAGAAGAGGUGUCUCAGCUACGUCACGAUCUGUCGAUGAAGGAUGAACUCCUGCAGUUCUACACAAGUGCAGCGGAGGAGAGUGAUGGAGAGUCUGCUUCUACCACACCUAUUCGCAGAACUGACUCCUCUUUUACGGUCCCGAAUUACCUUCCUCUAGAUUCACUACAGAAGAAACUCUUUGACCUGGAGGAAGAGAACAUCGUCCUGCGAUCAGAGGCAAAUCACUUGGAGACCGAGACCAUCUCGUAUGAAGAAAAGGAACAACAGCUUGUAAAUGACUGUGUUAAAGAACUCAGAGAUGCCAACAUACAGAUCUCUACGAUUGCGGAGGAGCUGGCUAGGAAAACAGAGGAUGCCUCUCGGCAGCAAGAGGAAAUCACACACCUCCUCUCUCAGAUCGUGGACCUGCAGAAAAAAGCUAAAUCUUAUGCACUAGAAAACGAAGAGCUCACCCAGCACUUGGGAGCUGCUAAAGAUGCCCAAAGAGCACUAACAGCAGAGCUAAGGGAGCUGGAGGAUAAGUAUGUUGAAUGUAUGGAGAUGCUUCAUGAAGCUCAGGAGGAACUGAAGAACUUCAGGAAUAAAACGCUGCCUCUAAGUACACCGCGACGAUUCCACUCUCUCGGCCUCUUCCCCAUGGACUCUUUAGCUGCAGAAAUUGAAGGAACCAUGAGAAAAGAGAUUCAUUUGUCUGAUCCAGACGUAGAGGAACAAAGGUUGUACCCUAAACGUGUCUUUGAGACAGUGCGUAACAUCAACCAGACUGUUCGGCAGCGUUCCAUGGGCCCAUCCCCCAUGAACAUCCCAGGGUCCAAUCAGACAUCCUGCAUGAAUUCUAGGCAUCCUAGUUGUCUGAGCACACCCCGUUCAAGCAUGUAUGGAGGGGACGGUGUUGAAAUGGACAACCGCACUAACAGUAUGCUAAUGGAAACCCUGUCACAUCAGGACAGCUCUGAUGACUCCAACAGAAAGCCUGGCAUGCCUGGCACACCCGGCUCUCGUGACCUGGAGGCAGCACUGCGUCGUCUUUCCCUUCGACGAGACAACUACAUUAGCGAGCAGCGUUUCUUUGAGGAGGAGAGAGAACGUAAACUCAACGCCCUGGCAGAAGAGAAGAGCGAAUUGUACGAGGAGAGACAUGGUGGGAGUGGCAGUGAAGACGGCGGCCCCCUCACUCCGGCAGAAAGCAUCAUGUCUCUGGGCACCCUGCACUCAGUUUACUCCAUCUACAGCACCCGAUCCUACCUGCCGGAGAAACUCCAGAUCGUCAAGCCACUGGAAGGUGACCGAGCCAAGUCCAGGCCUUUCAGCCUCUCGUUGUUUGAUGCUCUGUGGGCAUUAAUGCACCAAAGUGCUGAAGACCUGUCUACACAACACUCCUUCUAUUUCAGACACACACAACCUCGCUGCUGGUUUGAGAUUUAGACACGUCACACUAUAUACACACUACUGGUCAAAAGUCUGGAAUUUAGAAGAUGUUUUUUUUAUGUUUCUUAAAGUCUCUUAUGCUCACCAAGGCUAUGUUUUUAAGAAAUGCAAUUAAAAACAGUAGUACUAUGAAAUGUUAUUAAUUAAAAAUAACUAUUUUCUAUUUGGUUUUCAGCAGCCAUAUGCUAUUAUUAUCAAUGUUGAAAAUAUAUAUUUUUGCUGCUUAAUAUUUUUGUGGAAACCUUGAUGCACUGCCACUAAGUUAAAUAAAAUAAAAAGAAGAAAGAAAGAAAUACUAAUUUCUAAAAAUGCUUUAAAUUAAAAUAUUUAUAAAUACAUUUAUAAUGUUAUAAAAUAUUCUUAUUGUAAUAAAAAACACUUCUAAUUGAUAAUCAAAUUUCACAAUAUUACACACAUACCACAAAUGUUUUUUUUGUUUUUUUUAUGUUUAUUUGCUGCAUAUAACAGAUCAUAUAAAUGCAGUCUUGCUGAGCAUAAGAGACUUUUUAAAAACAUAAAAACGUUAUGCGUUAUUCACAUUUUUUGUGUGUGUGUGUGUGUGUAUGUGUAUAUAUACAUACAUACACACACACGCGCGCAAAUGUAACAGCAUUUGAAACUUAGGAUGUAAUGUGAGGAGCACAACUCUAUCCAUGAUGCACUUUAUAUUCUAUAUUUGUUUUUGUUUUUUUGGUGGUUGUUGUUUUUUUCAUAGAGGUACUAUUUAAAAAAUUGUGUUUUUCGAUUACAAAAUUUUAAAAAAAAUAGGGCUGCAACAGAUUGCCAUGUUCUUUAGUUUUAGAUAAGUGUUAACUGUAAACCACUCACAGCUUUAUGAAUCAUAAUCAUAUUUCUAGCGACCUCUGCUGGUUUUAGUUAAAAGCUAAACUAAGCAGUGUGACAGCCUACCCGUUAGUAAAGCAUUAACAAAUUAUCAAUGCUCUGAUUUCAUAAACAUAGAAGUACAUUUAAUAGAUUAGCUCCAGAGAAAGGGCUAUUGAGGAAUAGUUGGCUGAACAUUUUAAUUCUAUCAUUCGCUCACCUUUAUGACAUUCCAAACCUGUAUGACUUUCUUCUGCUGAACACAAAAGAUUUUAUUUUAAAGAAUGUUGGUAACAUAUUAAUUAUGCUUAUUAUUAUGCUUGAAAAAAAGAAAGAAAAAAAAGACAGAACCAUUUCUUUCAAAAUAUUUUCUUUUAGAAUUCCAAAGAAAACUGAUGCAGGUUUGGAACCAUAUGAUUUUUUUUUUUUUUUUUUUUUUUUUUUUUUCUGGGUGAACUGUACAUUGCAAUAUCUGGGUGCUCCUUUCUUUCUGUCAAAUUUAAGUUUGUGUGUUUGCAUCCUUCUUUUGUUUUCUUAACUUCAUUUUCCCACCUGUCUGAUUUUAGCUCUCGAAUAAACACAACAUUAAUUUC